AUGGAAGAAAGUGUAUUGAAUAGUUCCGGUGUAAAGGCAGAAUUGAACGAUUCACAGAAAGAUCAACGACACCAUUCUACAGAGAGUUCAAAGAAGGCAAGUAGUAGUCAGCCAGUUAGUGAUGUGAUUUCUGAUCAGAAACUUUCGCAGUACAGUAAGCAAUACACUGCACCUAAGAUUAGUGCACAUUACAAGCCAGUUUUCCCGAAUGACUACCCCAACGAAGCCGCUGGGGUUCGAAAAGCAAGAAAUGAAGUCAAAUUAAAGAUGUACUACAGGUCAAGGAAUGUUUCCAUACAUCCUCUGAAAUGCACAAUGGAUGGAUAUCCAUCGAUGAAUCGCCGUAACAUGCUGACGCGCGGGUCGAGUGGAACCCAGAGGGGUUCUGGUUAUGAAAACGAUGUUCAUCGAAGGAACGCACCUGAUUUUAAACAAGUAUCAGGACACCCACUUCCACAUUGGCCAUAUGAAGAAGAGUUUGGAAAAUUAGCUUUAUUUGAUACAAUAGAUAAUGAACCCCAAUUAAAGAAUGUUGAUUGGGUACGUUCGUAUUUGAAGUAUUAUGACAAGCUUUCUACCGUGAAUAGAGAUGCCCGCUACCGGUUGAGAAGUAAUAACAUGUGGAACACCAUUCCCAAGGUCGACGUAGGUAUGAAAGAUGUGGACAAUAGUCUUGGACCAGAUAGAUCAUCCGAAAAUAGUGCGUAUUCAUCCGCGAGGUUAGAUUAUUUUGACGUUGGUGAGUCUAUAGACGGCAGCGCUUUUUAUCCAUCUAAUCCGAAUUUCUUUUCGGGAACAAGUUUAAGUCUACCAACGUUUGGUGAUGUUCAAUUGCCCUGUUUUGUAUACCAUUCCGCUGCUGAGUUAAAAAGCAACAUAUACAUCCUUGGUGGCUUAGAACCCAGCUUUGAAUAUAAUGAAGUUGCACCAAACUUAAAUGACUUUCAUAUGGAUGGCAUCAAGAAUUUACCCCCACCAAUUAACGAUGAGUAUAUCAACAAUCCUGCCAUGCUUCCAAAUAAACAUUUGUACGUAUACUCCACUAAUGGAUUCACAUUAAAAAGGCCCAAAUUAAAAGGGCAAAUACCACCACCACUGAUAUGUGCGAAAAUGGCAAAACUAACUGACCGCUAUCUUUUCUAUUACGGUGGCUUUGAGAUUCGAAAUGAAACUAUAAUCGACAAUCACACAGGACAGUACUACAUAAGUAGACGUGCAUUCAUUAACAAUACAGCAUAUAUUUUUGACAGCCGUAUAUUUAAGUUCACUAAAGUGGAAUUAAUUACACAAUCAACUAAAUUUUCUCCAUAUCGACCAACGGUUCCAAGGUUUGGCCACACGCAGGUAUCCUUAAAACUAAAUCUAUCAAAAUCUCUCGGCAGAUACGCAGAUAGCGAAGAUGGCAAGAGUAUUUCAAGCUCCAUCCCCACCCAAUCCUACCCCAGUUCUGUUGAUGAUGACUACACGAAUACUACAGGUUCUGAUCAAACUUUGAGCGGGGCUUCUUCUGCUAGUAGAACUCAUGUACACACUAUAUUGAUUAUGGGAGGUUACAGACAGGUAAAUGACAGCCAAUAUGAAGCUUUGAACGAUAUGUGGAGGUUGGACGUGACCGUAGUAUCAAAAGGAAGGAAAGGCUAUUUUCAGUUUGCAGAGACAGCUUUAGCGACCCUAAUUUCCAAGCCGCAUUGUGCAGAUUCCGAUAUCAAGUGGCCAACACCGAGAGGAUUCAUGGCGGCCUGUCUUGCUGAUACCAGUUCUUUAAAUACUGCUCCUCUUUUGGAUAGUUUAUUAAAAACUUUGAAGGAAAGCGAAGUCGCUAGCGUCACACUUAAAGACGAGUCCACCCAGCCAGUUUUCAGCAAUCUUCCAUUUAGUCAUAAUAAAGGGAGACAUUCCAUGAGCCAAGAAGCACGAAAGCUCUCUAAAAUCACGGCAUCGCAGUACACCAUUAAUAAAACUUUGGUCGUCCAUGGUGGCUCUAACGGAACCCAUGUUUACGGAGAUAUGUGGUGGUUCGAUUUAGAUAGCGAGCAAUGGACUGAAGUACCCCUCUUGCUUAAAAACGAGCAUACUAAACAAAGGGACAGAACCUGCAUUCCUGUAGUAGGUCAUGAACUCGUGCAGCACAAUAGUCGAUUUUUAAUACUUGGCGGUAUCCACCAACAAGAUGUCGAUAAAAUAUACUUCACAGGAAAAAAUCUACAAAAAGAAUCGGUAGAGGACCCAGAAAAAAGUACUUCAGGUGUCAUUGUCCUAACAAGCAGCAAUACUAACAGUAGUGGCAACACCAGCAACAACUUUAAAAACUGCGUUUCCUACGACGUCAAGACCAUCCAUACAACAUUCCCCCAAGCCCUCAACCCAAAACUUGUCGCCGCCUGCGCUAUAUGUAUACACGGCCAACUAUGGCUAAUCGGUGGAGCAGUAGUUCUGGCCUACGAUAAUCGCAAACACCUGCAACUACUAGGAAACAUUACAGAAUUGAUUGUUCCACUUGUCGAGAGCACUCUUUAG